AUGGAAGUGAUGAAGCCUUUGAUAGAUGAACAGAAUUUAGAUGGUACAUCUGAUGAAGAGCAUGAACAUGAGCUAUUGCCUGUUCAGAAGCAUUACCAAAUUGAUGGUCAAGAUGGCAUUUCAUUCACACAAACCCUUACACAUCUACUUAAAGGAAAUAUUGGAACUGGCCUUCUAGGGCUCCCACUUGCAAUAAAAAAUGCUGGCAUUGUGCUUGGACCAAUCAGUCUUGUGUUUAUAGGAAUUAUAUCUGUCCACUGUAUGCACGUGUUGGUACAUUGCAGUCACUUUCUCUGUCAGAGGUUUAAAAAAUCUUCAUUAAGUUAUAGUGACACUGUUUGUUUUGCUAUGGAAGUUAGUCCUUGGAAUUGCAUCCAAAAAAAAUCUUCCUUGGGAGCGAAUAUUGUGGACUUUUUUCUGGUGAUAACACAGCUGGGAUUCUGUAGUGCUUACAUUGUCUUCUUAGCUGAGAAUGUGAAGCAAAUUCAUGAAGGAAUUUCAGAGAAUAUGUUCUCACUGAACAGUACAGAUGAAUCAACUCUAUAUGAGAGAAGGAGUAUUGACCUGAGGAUGUAUAUGCUUUGCUUCCUUCCAUUUAUUUUUCUUUUGGUCCUCAUUCGUGAACUAAAGACCCUGUCUGUGCUUUCACUCCUUGCCAAUCUAUCUAUGGCCAUCAGUCUUAUAAUAAUCUACCAAUACAUUAUUAGAGGCUUGCCAGAUCCCCGAAGUCUUCCAGCUGUGGCUGGUUGGAAGAGAUAUCCACUCUUUUUUGGUACAGCUGUAUUUGCUUUUGAAGGCAUUGGAGUGGUACUCCCAUUGGAAAAUCAAAUGAAAGAAACAAAACGCUUCCCAGAAGCAUUGAACAUUGGUAUGGGGAUUGUUACAACUCUGUAUAUAACAUUAGCCACCCUAGGAUAUAUGCGCUUUCAAGAUGAAAUCAAAGGCAGCAUAACUUUAAAUCUUCCUCAAGAUGAAUGGUUGUAUCAAUCAGUGAAAAUUCUGUAUUCCUUUGGAAUUUUUGUGACUUACUCAGUUCAGUUCUACGUUCCAGCAGAAAUCAUCAUUCCAGGAAUCACAUCCAAAUUUCAAAAUAAAUCAAAGCUAAUUUGUGACCUCAUUAUUAGGACCUCCUUAGUUUUUAUUACCUGUCUUGUAGCGAUCCUGAUUCCUCGUUUGGACAUAGUGAUUUCCCUGGUCGGAGCUGUGAGCAGUAGUACAUUAGCACUCAUUCUGCCACCUUUGGUUGAAAUUCUUAUAUUUUACAAGGAAAGUUUCAGCCUGUGGAUGAUUCUUAAAGAUAUCUUAAUAAUGGUCAUUGGAAUUGCUGGUUUCUUAAUAGGCACAUAUGUAUCUAUUGAAGAAAUUAUUUAUCCUACUACCACAUUAUUGCCUAAUACUACACAAGGUCCAGCUGUAAGUCUAAAUUCAACAUAUGUGGCAUCUGGUUUUAAGUAGUGCUGAUAGUUUUACAAACCUUCUACUCUUUCUGUUUAACUGUGAAAAUGGAAUAUGGGAUGGAUACUA